AUGGACACGGCCCACGCGAGCGGCAUGUGCUACGUAUUCACUCUGUUGGCUUUCGGUGCGGCGGCGUUCGUGUUGAUGCUAUUUUGCUACGUUCAAAUUUACAUGUCACUUAGCUACGAGACCCGACACGCGGCCAAGGGCGAGGCGUCCGUGGCCCGCAAGAUAUCCGUUUUGAUCGGCACAAACUUCGCUUGCACCGCUCCGGUCAUCUUCUUCGGCUUCACCGCACUGCUCGGCUACCCGCUCAUCGACGUCACCAAGUCAAAGAUACUGCUCGUGUUCUUCUAUCCCAUCAACUCGUGCGCCAACCCGUUCCUCUACACCAUACUCACGGCCAGUUUCAGACGCGAAGCCUUCUCAACCGUCGCCAAGUGA